AUGUUCUUGUGGAGUGUUUCAUAUGUAAUGGUUAUAAUAAUCCUGCUAAUACUGCCAUUUACGGAAUGUUUAGAGAAAUAUGGAAAACAAAUUAGGUUGUCAACGUCCACCUACGACUACAAAAGGUGGUAUGACGAGAAUCGACGGCACAGCUCUGAGCUGAAAGCUAGGCCUGACGAUAGGUAUAAUGUACAGUUACGAAGAAGUCUAGGUAGGUGCUCGGGUUUUCCAAUACCUUGA